GGCCGUGGUUGGUGGCGCCAGCAGGAGGAGCCCUGGCAAACAUUAGCCUGUUGUUGCGAAUUGACAGCCGCGCUACGGCAUCCAGAUGGACCAGAGAAAUACGCUUCAGGUUACCCGGUGCAUCAGGACGGUUCUUGCAAUGGUCUUCAGCAUUAUGCUGCUCUAGGUCGCGAUCGGUCUGGAGCUGAAUCUGUUAAUUUAACGGAUAGAGAGAGGCCACAAGAUGUGUACGCUGACGUUGUGGAACUGGUAGAGCAUCAGCGAAAAGCCGACGCUGCUCAAGGCUUAGCUGUCGCCAAAAUCCUUGAGGGAUUUAUUUUGAGAAAAGUAAUCAAGCAAUCCGUGAUGACCACUGUAUAUGGUGUGACACAGUACGGAGCUAAGUUGCAGAUCCAGCGCCAGCUGCGAGACAUGGAGUCCUUUCCUGUCGAUUAUUUGGGUCCAGCAGCUACAUAUCUAGCGAAGUUAACACUAUCUAGCAUUGGAAAGAUAUUUACUUCUUCCACUGAAAUUCAAAACUGGUUUGAUGAGGUGUGCCUAUUAUUACAUUCUGUCUAUUAUUUUCUAUCUAUCAUAAUCCAUAUUUUUGAAUUCGACAUUGCGGCCUUAGGCUUAAUUUCAAGGCAAUCAUUACUACCUAUUCCAAAACCAUUUCAACUCAAGCUCAUCCUAAAUUGGACCACGUAUGGUAACAAUUGUGAUCAUUAUGCUUUUUAUGAUGAGGCUGGUGAUGACGAUGACGAUGAUGAUGAUAGUAAUCUCAGAUCGAAAUUAAACGAACAGAAUAGUCCCAUGUUCCUAUCAUCAAAUGGUGAGAUUGAUUUUCAUUAA